AUGUGUCGCAUGGUCGUUUUCGCGGGGACAUGCACACGCUGCGGCGAUGCGCAAACAUGGACCGACCUAACACAAGAACUAUCUUGUCUUGAGGCAAAGAACAAGGGCUGUUUUGGGGAGUGCAGCAAAGGCAUAUUGGUUGAGGAACACGACUUUGACCAGGAAUGUCAGACGUGCUCCGAGGAGGACGAGGGUAUUGGGGACGUAGAGGAGGGAAUCCUCGCCGAAAACGACGACGACUCCGUAUUCGCCCCGGGCAUGAAAAGAACUGCCGUCGAAGAGCAAGAAAGCGCAAGCACUGAUCGCUGGUUUGUACAAGAUACAUGGAGUCGUGCUCUUCGUGGACGGGUCUUUGAAGGCGUUUAUGUGCUCGACGGUUUGAACAUUUGGUCUGGGAGCCGGGGAAUCGGUGCCAGCGGUUAUGGCAAGUCCGGUUGA